UUCUCCUGAGUUAAUGACCUUUGCUUUGCAGUGCUUCUUAUUUAGCAGCUGCCCCAGAGCCCUGCAGAGAAACCAGAGAGGGACGCCGAGUGAGCUCACAGGAUGGCAGUGAUGGGUCACCGUCGGGCUGUGUGGCUUCUUCCCAUUGUCCUCCUUUUCCUUCAGAUGCUGCAAACAGUCAUGCCAAGUACAUGCAAGGUCAACAAUGGGAACUGCGCACAGUUCUGCAAAGAGGAAGAUGAAGGAGUGGUAUGUUCCUGUGUUUCUGGCUAUGCUCUGGAUGAUGACAACAAAACCUGUGUUCCUGUAGUCAAGUUCCCAUGUGGUAAACUUAAGAGGAAUUAUGAAGUGGAUCGAGAAAAGGUUACAAGUCCAGAAGCUCAUCUUGAAAAUGAGGAAACCACCGAGGCUCCAAGCAACCACCCUGAGGUAGUAGAGGAGGCUGGCAGUGUACCCAGCAUCUGCCCAUGGCAGGCUGUUCUAGUACAGGAGCACGGUGGAUGGUUUUGUGGGGGAACAAUUCUGAAUGAGUAUUUUAUACUUACUGCAGCUCAUUGCGUUAACAGUUCCACGAAAUUACGGGUUCUUGUUGGGGUGGUGGACAGAGGAAAGGAAGAGCCAAGAACUGCGUUCCACACAGUGGAAAACGUAAUUUCAAAUCCUGAAUUUAAUUUUGAAACCUAUGAUAGUGACAUAGCCCUCAUCAAAUUAAGGGAACCUAUCACAUUUUCUGAGGAUGUUGUCCCAGCGUGCCUUCCAGAAGAAGACUUUGCUAAUGAUGUUCUGAUGAACCAAACAUUUGGAAUUGUCAGUGGCUUUGGGAAGUCCCAUGAACAUGCACGGCCAGCCAGAAGAAUGAAAGUGCUUCAAAUCCCUUAUGUGGACAAGAAAACUUGCAAGCAAGCUAUUCGUUAUCCAGUCACAAGAAACAUGUUCUGUGCAGGUUAUAAUAAAGAUGGACAGGAUGUCUGCCAAGGAGAUGGAGGAGGCCCCCAUGUAACCGAAUAUAAUGGCACUUAUUUUGUUACUGGUAUCAUCAGCUGGGGAGAAGGGUGUGGGAAGCAAGGAAAAUAUGGAAUAUACACUAAAUUAUCAAAUUUCCUACCAUGGGUAAGAAGUGCUUUGACACAAAACUCCUAAUGGUUCGGUGUUUAAUCAACCCAGUUGUCUUAGUCAUUGGAUCUGAUCUCCAAAUAAUGUUUUCCUCUUUGUAAAAUGCUUGCUGUAAUUCUGAUAGCACUUCUGUUAAGAUGCCAUCUGUUCCUUCAUGAGCUCAUGCCUGGUUUGCAGAAGGUGUAUAUGGACUUUCCGCAGAGCUUACUGGUUUGGGACAAUAAUGGAACAUUUUCAAAUGCAAUGGUUUAGGAGACCUUUCUGCUGAUGUUGUGCUUGACUGAAUUUGUCUAGGAGGCUUUGGUUGUGCAAGUAAACCUAUUUGGCCAUGCUGAUAAACUUCUGACUGAAAGGCUAUAACUAACUGAACUUUCCUGUGGCAGUACUUGCUUUAUAGAAAUAAACUUAGAGCAGAAGAAUAUCAAAGUAGGACGGUAUUUCUAAAGCCUCUAGAAAAACUGCUUAAAAGCUGGAAAAUAUGGAAACCACUUGUGUAUCCACACUUGAGUCUGAGGAAUUGGGCAUGUCACUGACACCAGUGCCUUGUUAUAUUAAGUUAACUGAUUUGGCAAAGCUUGCUUAUAAUUACCAACAUCGCUGGUGUUCUGAUAAUCUCCUGCUGUCCUGAGAUACUUACUUCACUGUUAUUAUUCAUGUCAUGAUUUUGGCUAUAAUAAAGUGAAUGUAUUACAUACUCCACAAAUUACAAUAUUGUUGUGGGUCAU